UGUCUGUGUGUGUCUGUGUGUGUACGUGUCUGGCUGUGUCUUUGGUUCAUGUCGUUGGAAUCACUGUAACCCGUGGUCCACCAUCCACCAGCUGCCCAGCCUUGGUCCUGCCCCCCGGCCCCCUGCAGGCCCCUGUGUGAAGGAGGCUCCCUGCGUGCUCCCUGGGGGCGUGCCCACUGGAGAGAUGGGGAAACCGAGGCUCACAGGGUAGCCUGGCUGGCUGGGAAGCCCCCGCCCUGCACCCUCUGGGCUGGGGACCCUGUUGGUGUCACAAACAGGAAAUGUUCCCGGAAACGGAGCUCUGUGGUGAAGGGUGGUGGGCCCCGCAGGGUGUGGAGUGUGUCUGCCCCGGCGGCGGUGCGGGGUCCACGCGCACGGGCCUUCACAUCCACAGCAGGCAUGGGAGGGUCUGGCCUGGCCCCUGACGUUUCAGGCCCAGAAGAACCCUGUGGAUCCAAGGUCCGAGGCCGACCUGGGUGACAGGGAGCCUCGGGGAUCCGCCCUGCUGCCUGGGCUCCCUGCAGGGAGCUGAGCUGUGAGUUCAGCGCGGGCACCCUGCAGAGGUGUGCUGUGCCUGAACCAGUGCCAGCUAGCCCCGUCUGCAGCCUCGGCCUGAUGGGGUGGUGACUGAUCCCGCAGGGCUCCGGAGCCAUGUGGCCCAACGGCAGUUCCCUGGGGCCCUGUUUCCGGCCCACAAACAUCACCCUGGAGGAGCGGCGGCUGAUUGCCUCGCCCUGGUUCGCCGCCUCCUUCUGCGUGGUGGGCCUGGCCUCCAACCUGCUGGCCCUGAGCGUGCUGGCGGGCGCCCGGCAGGGGGGCUCACACCCACGCUCCUCCUUCCUCACCUUCCUCUGCGGCCUCGUCCUCACCGACUUCCUGGGGCUGCUGGUGACUGGCAUCAUUGUGGUGUCCCAGCACGCCACCCUCCUGGAGUGGCACACCGUGGACCCCAGCUGCCGCCUCUGCCGCUUCAUGGGCGUCGUCAUGGUCUUCUUCGGCCUGUGCCCGCUGCUGCUGGGGGCCACCAUGGCCUCGGAGCGCUACGUGGGCAUCACCCGGCCCUUCUCACGCCCGGCGGUCACCUCGCAGCGCCGCGCCUGGGCCACCGUGGGGCUGGUGUGGGCGGCCGCACUGGCACUGGGCCUGCUGCCCCUGCUGGGCGUGGGCCGCUACACCGUGCAGUACCCGGGCUCCUGGUGCUUCCUGACGCUGGGCGCGGAGCCCGGGGACGUGGCGUUUGGGCUGCUCUUUGCCAUGCUGGGCGGCCUCUCGGUCGGACUGUCCUUCGUGUUGAACACGGUCAGCGUGGCCACCCUGUGCCACGUCUACCAUGGGCAGGAGGCGGCCCAGCAGCGCCCCCGGGACAGCGAGGUGGAGAUGAUGGCCCAACUCCUGGGGAUCAUGGUGGUGGCCAGCGUGUGUUGGCUGCCCCUGCUGGUCUUCAUCGCCCAAACGGUGCUGCGGAGCCCGCCUGCCAUGAGCCCUGCGGGGCAGCUGUCCCGCGCCACGGAGCAGGAGCUGCUCAUCUACCUGCGAGUGGCCACCUGGAACCAGAUCCUGGACCCCUGGGUGUACAUCCUGUUCCGCCGCGCCGUCAUCCGGCGCCUCCAGCCUCGCCUCAGCACCCGGCCCAGGUCGCUAUCCCUCCAGCCCCAGCUGACGCAGGGCUCCAGGCUGCAGUAGGAACGGGAAGGAGCGCCCCUCCCGCGCAUCCCCGAGGAGCCCUGGGUCCCCUCCGAUGGCCUAUCUGCCUAUUCUGAGGGUCUCAGAGCUGGGGGUGCUGGCUGGACAGUGGGCAUCAGCAGCAGGGUUUGGGGCUGACCCCAAUCCAAACUGGGGACCCGCAACUCCUCCCUGAUCCUUUUACCAAGCUCUCUCCCUCCCUCAGCCCCCUUUUCCCAUUCGGAGCUCCCGCCCCUCCUCUGCUCUCCUCCCAACCCCAGGAAGGGCAUGGGGACAUUGGCAGAGGGUCUUGCAUUGCUGUUUUUUUGUGAGACAGAGUCUUGCUCUGUCGCCCAGGCUGGAGCGCAGUGGUGUGAUCUCAGCUCACUGCAACCUCCGCCUCCCAGGUUCAAGAGAUUCCCCUGCCUCAGCCU